CUUUAUGCUGAUCAGCAUUUUCAAAUUGAUGCCUAUUUUCCUUUCAUUGCUUUUGAUCAGCAGCAGUUCAGAGACACAUUCCAUGGUGGCUAUCUUUUAACUGACAGGAGGAAUUUUUCUUCAGUUGCUGAUUGCAUACUGUCUAUUCAGACAGACAUUUUACAGUGGCUUGUCAAUCAUGCAUUGAGUGUAUCAUUUUUGAAGCUGAUGGACAAAGACGAAGCAUGCUGUUUUGAACUCAUCUCCGUCCUCAAUCAUGUUUCUGGCCAUGUGGAUGGAUCAUUGGCAAGGCGAAAACAAAUGUGUUCUGAGAUUCGGUCGUUGAUCAUCACCAUGAAUGUUCCUAUAUUUUUCAUCACGUUUUCACCUGUCGAUAUCAACCAUCUGCUCUGUCUGUAUUACUGCGGUGAAUGA